CGCCGACGUACUCGUGACUCCGUAGUUAUUCAAAGAUAAAAUAUAUAUUCAGUUUUUUUUCGAGAUUUCAAACAGUUUAAACUAUUAUAAAUGUAAGUGCUGAUGUGCAAGUGAUAACAGCUGGUUAAUUCAACGUGUAUACUGGGUACAUUUAAGCUGUUUCAUGGAAAACGCCACAAAGGAACCAUUUAAAAACAAGAGCAAAAGAUAAGUCUUGAUAAAGACUAUUCUAGAAACAAUUACAGUGAUAAUGCUAGAAAAUACUGUUAAUUCAAUAGAAACUGAAGAUUUGAUUGUGGCAAAAGAUGUAAUGCCAUUCGCUGACCCAGAAUCUAGUCUUGAUAGUAAUAAACAAAACAAGGAACGCAAUACACAAAUAGAUGGAGAAGAAAAAGAGAAACCGAAUGUUCUGGAAACUAAUGCAAAGAAGAAAGGAGUGUCGCAGAUUGAGAAGUUUAAGCGACGGUUGAUCCGCGCUGUUUCUAGAAGACUAGCUGAAGCUCAUGAUGAGAAGAGUCAGGAGGAGAUGUGGGAGAGCUUUCAGAAGCAAACGCGAUGUAAUUGUAAAGUGUUGUGGUCUCGAAUGCGUACGCUCACUUUGAAGAAGCUGAGGCGUCUUCUGCCGGCAAAUGAUCACCUGCAAGACAUCACCUCUAUUGCCAGAUUCACCUCGACAGACUGGCUUCUGUACGACUUGGUGUUGGUGCAUGAGGAUAUUAAUGUUAUCGGUCAGGAUAAUAAUACAAAGGUGGAUGAGGAGCAGGAAGCAUUAGUGGAGCUGUUCUUCCAAGUUCAGGAGUGCAGCAUAGAGGAGCUUUCUGGUGAAAAAUUGGUAGAUGCGUGGUUGAAACUUACCAAGGAAUACAAUGAGGGCGAUCGCAAAUGCUCGCCAAUGUUGCUGCAGCGGAGGUGGUACCAGCUCAAGGAGCGGACUCGCAACACUUUCUACAACUUCUGGUGGACUUACCGCGGCUCCGCCACACAGCUCAGUAAGGCCUGCGAAUUAUACAAGCCCAGUGUACUGCAAGUGGAUAUUGCGAGGGCGUACAGGCAUAUUAUAACACAGCCCUUUCCCUCUUGGACUGACAUGAUAAAGGAGAAGAAAGUCAUAUUACUGGAAGAAUUUGAAGCAAGGAUGCAUUCGCAAGGAGUUACAAAUCUCAGUAGUUUUGAUCCGGAUCUGCAAGUAAUCGAAACCCCAAUUGAAACAAUUACGCUUGUAAAUGAUUCUGACAAUGACAGCAGUGAUGAUUUACUUGCAAAAGAUGAAACUCUACCGAAGGAAUUGUUGGCUUCUAAUACAGACAGAGUUUGUGACAUAAAAAUCAAAGAGGAGCCAAUAUUGAUUGAUGAUGACUUGGAUGCACAGAUAGAUAGUGAGAACGAUACCCAGAUAGUGUCAAAUAAUGUUGAAAUAUCUAAUUCUAAGGAAAAUACAGACACAAUUCUGAGCAAUAAUGUUUCAGAAGAAAUUGAAAAUUCUAUUGAAUCUCCAGCCGAAUUAGUUAAUGAUGAAGAUGCCGUACAUGAUCAGUAUGAUAAAGAAGACAAUAUAUCUAAUGUUGAUUUAACUUUACCAAUCAUAACAAGUGUUACAAGUAAUGCCAUUACUGAUGAUGAUGUACAACCGGAAGCAAAUGAUUGCGUGGGACCUAAAUUAUUUAAUAAAAUUAAUCCAUUAGUGACAGAAAAUCAAAGUGUAAUACAUAAUAUUAGCAAUCGCGAUAUAAUUGAUGAUGUUAUUGAUAAGACAUUAGGAGAAAAAGCAUCCAUAGUAAAUUUAAAACAUUCUAAAAUUACUGAUAUCAUUGAAGAUACUGUAAUUAGUAGAUCAGUAGAACACACAACAAUGCCAAAUAAAUUGCCAGUUAACAAUAUCACACUUGAUGAUAUCGAUAGCUUAUUACAGCAAAAACAAAAGGAGAUUGAUUUAAAGAACUCUUUACAGAAAAAAAUUGAUCAAUCUAAAGUUUAUAUAGAUACCCUUUUUAGGGAUACAGAGAAGACGUUAAGUAACGAGAGCGCAUUGAAUGAUUUCGAGAAAAUACCGAGUGAUAUACAAUUUGUUGAUGACGGAAUAAUUCUGGAAGACGAUGGUAUUGAAUUCACUAAUGAGGAAAAUUUUGAUAAAAAGACAGAAUAUCCCGUUAAAAAAGAAGACAUUGAUGACGACGAGGACGAAAAUAAGGAAACGCCGAAAAUUGACCUAAAACUAUUGCUUACUCCAACUGUUUACACAAAAAAGUUGGAUCAUAUGGAUGUCUUUAAAUUUAUAAAGUUUAGUGAAGUACGUGAUAAACGAGUUAUUGAAUGUGCUUGUAUUGAGAGCAAACCUUUUAAUAAGAAUGCCGUAAAGUAUGAAGAAAUAUCACCAACAGAAAAUGAUCGACAACAAUUUUAUGACGACACUGGCAGCUCAAGUGAUGACGACACUGGCAGCUUAAGUGAUGAUGCCAUGGUAAUAUCGCAAUUGUCAAAACAUCAGGUCGAUAUAUGUAGUUGGUUGUUGAAAAAACCGCGAGUCAGUAGUUACAAUCCGAUCCAGCUGUGCAAAAACCCAGACUUUAAUACUCGUUUGAAAAGAUUGUCCGCUGGUUUUCUAAGCUACGAAUUAAAUCGAAAAUAUUUAAUGGAGUGUAAGCCGAUGACAAUAGAUCUUCAUAGAGAGUUUGAACCAAUGCUUUUUAACAAUACAUUGUAUUUGAAAGGAACUGAAAAAAUGGAAAUAAGUAAUUCAAUACUAAAUAGAGCAGUUGAUGUUCCAUUAAACUCAACUGCUACAUACGUAACAGAGAAACCUAAACCAAAAUGUUUUAAGAAAUUAAAGUCUGAAGACUUGCAACAGGAGCUUCAAGACAUAGUACGUUUGGAAGAGACUUCAAUAUGCUCCGACAACAUUUCAAAAGCCAUAAUAACGCAAAUUUCUAAAGAUAUAACAACGCCAAUUACAGAAGAAACAAUAUCUGCUGAUAUUGUAACAGAAGCUACAGGCCGUAAUAAAGUUAUCCAUUUACCAGACAUUACUGAGAUACGUCGCGUUAAUCAGAAUCUACUCACUGCUGAAGUUUCACCAAUUCAAGGCUCAAAUUUAGCCCCAGUUAGAUUAACUCCUCAAAUAGUAGAUAAAUUACAAAAUUAUAACUGUACUGCAAGAAACCACCAAACUGAUGAUAAUAUAAACACACUAAAGCUUACAAGAUGUACCAGUACAGUAACGGAUACUUCAAAUUUAGCCGCAAAAGUUACUGACAGCCCAAUCUCUCAAAUUGCACAAAAUGAUAAACAGAAUAGUAGAAUACAAAAAGAGAAAAAAAAAGAACCAAAAAAAUCUUUUAUACCCUGGAUUAAAAAAGCAUGGACUAUCACAUCACAUCAGGACGAAAGUCUGUUGGCUAAUGACACUGUUGAUAGAAUACUCUCAAUAUUUACUGGUGAAAAUUUAUGUAAACAAAAGAAGAAACAACCUGCGAUACACGUUACACCUAUCGUUGAUGUAGAACCUUAUAAUACCAGCUCUACAAUUAAAAUGGCGAAAGGCCACACGCAAAAUGCCGCGGCAGAAAAACAUCAAAUGAAUCAAAAACCUGUGCCAAGAAAAAGAAGGGCGCGAAACAAAGCGAAUGAAAAGAAUUCCAAAAUAACCAUUAAGCGAAGCAGGAAUAUUGUCAACUCAAAUGAUUUAGUUAAUUUAACAAAAACUGAUACUGCGACAGUGGAAUCUAACGAGGAGGAUAAUAGAGUACCAGCCCAAGUCGAUUCCUCCUCACAAACAGAUAAAAAUAUGAAUAAGUCAUUUGAAGAGAAUGAAAGCGCUGUUAGAAACAUCACGAAACCUAAUUGUUGCUGGGCGAAUUCUAAAUUGCUGAAAAUUGAACCACUGGAAAAACAUAAGUGUCCAAAGCCGAUAUGUAAUUGUUGUUGUAGGCAACUGUUAAUUGACAAAACACUCAGAAGGUCCAGUACAUGUCCAGAGACCAUAGAAUUAUCCGAUAGUGAGGACACUUUACCAGCGGUCCAAAAACAAAGUAAUAAUCUGUUAAAUAAUACGCCAGAAAAAGUAAUUAGUACUACUAAUGGCGUGAAUGGACCAGACUCCAUGAAAGAUAAAGAAAACUCUGUAGCACAAUCCACUUCUCUAGAACCGGACAUUGUUGGAAAUUCUCAGGAAAAUAUUAAAUACAAAUUUAAAAUUAACUAUGCAGGAAACAUUCUGAACCAGAGUACGAAUAAAGGUGACAGUGUAGUGAAAAAAAAUAUAAAAUCCAUUCCCACGCACAUACAAAAUACUAAUACUCCUUUACAUAUCACUAAUACUCCUUCACAUACCACUAAUACCCCUUUAUAUACCACUAAUACCCCUUUCCAUACCACUAAUACCCCUUUCCAUACCACUAAUACCCCUUUAUAUACCACUAAUACCCAUUUUCAUACCACUAAUACUCCUUUACAUAGCACUAAAAAAUUUCAUGUUGAACGACAGAAUGUUGUUAAUGGAACGUCACCAAUAUAUAUUGGGAAAAAUCAAAUUUUACUUAGCAACAUCAAGUACAGGAAAGAUAUUCCAGAAGUAUUUCAAGAACCAAAUCCUUCGCAGAUUUCGCCAAACAUUUCGCAGAUAGAUUUACCAAGUGGAGUUCAUUUUGUUUUAUUACCCAAUAAUGAAUUAGCUCUGUCUAUUGAGGCGGGAGUAGAGUUAAAUACUGAACAAUUAACUAAUGUUCAGUCCGUAGUUUCUGCGGUACAAGGUUCAUUACAACUGCUGCCUAAGGCAGACGGUUCUCCUAUUGACAUACCUAACUUACCUACAGAUAAUAGUCAUACUAUUGAAUCAAAUAAUGAAGAACAAACAUCAUAUGUAAUGAAUACGGAAGACUCAUCAAAAACUACCAAUGCUAGUAACGACGAAACUGUUGCCAUAACGAGAAGUGAGUGUCCACCUAUUCCAAGUACAGAAAACAGCUUUACAAGUGAUGUCAUUGAAGCUAGCAACGAUCAAAUUACAGGAGAUAAAGAUACUACCCCAAAGUGUAGUAAUCUGUCUAAUAAUUUAGAUAAAGUCGCAAUAGAUAGUUCAAAAGAGGAAGAAGCUCUACCGGAUACAAACCGCAAGACAUUGUUAUCGGAUUUAAUGGAAAUGUCCGGUAUAAGUGAAGAUGAUGCUACAGUGUCUAAUAACAAUGAAGUGACACAAUUAGAAAUACCAACCCAAAGGUGGGCAGCUGAAGUUCAAGGUAAUAACAUGGUUAUUACGCCCUUAGGCGAAUAUGAGUCCUCGCCUAAUACGAUCACAGACGACUCUCAAAUAUCGCUAGCCCCAACAGCCCUCGCAGCGUUAUCUAGUCGACCCGAUCUACAUAUAAUUACCACAUUCGAGGAACUAAAAUAUGCAUCAGAAAAUAACGGAAUGUUCUUUAAAAUGAAUGUAUUUAAUGGCAAUAUGGUGCGUAUUAAUAUUUGUGUACACAAGAAGCAGAAAUCAAUAUUAAGAAAAGCAGGCCCAUCGGUUGGGGUCAAGGAAUGUAUAGAUCUAACUGAAGACGUGGAAAGUAGACCCCCGAGUCCGAAAGUUCCUUUGAGAGUAUUCAGUAAAGAAAAUAAACAAAAAGUUCACAGAGCAAAACCUUUAAAACUGUUUAGGUCGAUACAUCCGUCGAAUUUACAAAACAAUUGUAAAAGCGUUGUACUCAACCAACAAUUACAGUAUAACACACGUAAAGUAAACUCAAAAAAUGUAUAUAAAAUAGUAUAUCGCAUAAAAAGUAAACAAAACAAAAAAGGUGAUGAUACUACAAUAAAUAAUGAUACAACUGAACGUAUUAUAGAUACAGACAUAAUUGAAUUGGACGAAGAUGUGGAUGAUGCAGCGGAGACGUCUAAUGAAAAAAGUGACAGCUUUGAUGAUUCAGACGAUGAACCUCUCGUAAUGAUCGCAAAACGUAGAAAGCUAGAUGUAUCACAACAUAAAGAAAAUUCAAAUAGUGAGACAUAUGCACCAGCAUUAUUAGAAAUGCCCACAGAAUUGUUUUUAGAACCCCAACAUGAACAUGAAGCUAAUACUGAACAAGAUGGCGAAGAGGAUUGUAUUUUAGGUUUUUAAUUAAUUGUUAACGUAAGAAAAAUAUCUGGUAUAUGUGAGUCUGACUCGUUGCUUUGAUGCAACCUUAUCAACCAACAAAAAAGUCUUAAUACUGUGCUGUGGUUUGUUCCACUAUAAAAUAUUGUGAUGGCUACAUCUUAGUACUUUUAUAUAUUUUCCAUUUAAUGGAUUUUGACUUAUACUGUACCUAUUUGAGAAUUAAUUAUGUAUUUGCAUAAACGAAGUAUUGUCAUACAACUACAAAAAAUACUGUAGAAAUUAACAAUAACUUAAAAUAAAAAUACUAUUUGCAUGUUUUCACAUAAUUUAUUUUUUAAGUUAAUUCUUUAUAUCUGUGAUAAUAUGUAGGCUAUGUUUUUUAUAUUUUAUUAAAAUCAUCACCUAGAUUCUUGUACAUAAGUACCUACACAAGUAGUAAGACACUGACUGAUAUAUUGACUUUGGCCGUAUUAUUUUUUCAAUAGAUUUAACAGUUUUAAAUUUGUCGUGUGACAUUUAACUGUUAAAGGUAGGGAAUCUGCGAAAAUGUAAAUUUACGGCCUUACUUUAAAUAAACUUGGCAUGAGAAUAAACCCAGGAAUAUACAAAAUGUUGACUAUAUCGCUGUCAACACUGUCAGUACAAUGAUAAUUCUGAAGUAUUCCGAAUGUUAAGCAGCCAUGCAAAUAAACGCGGAAACGUUAUACGUCCGAAUAAACCAAUCAUGUGCAAAAUGUCUAUUUGUAAACAUUUUGCAUAUUCUUGGUUUAUUUUCAUGUAUAAAUUUAUGCCAAUUGUAUUUGUAAGACCGUUAAAGUUUUUCGUAAUUAAAUUUAUCACAUUGUUGAUGUGUCAAAUUAUAUGUUUAAGUGAUAUCAAAUGUAAAUUUUAUACAGUUUUGUACAAAAAUAUGAUAAUAAUUAUCUUCUAUAAUUAACCGCCGUUCCCAAUAUUCAGUCUAUCUCCGGUUGUGGCCUACUUGAGAACAACAUCGUAACUAUCGUUGAGUUUUAUGUCCCAAUAAACUUAUCGACGGUAACUCAUCUUAUCCGUACACGCUGUCUGUCAAUGGGACGACGUUUAGCUUAGUAGCGAUAGAAGUAUGUAGGGAAAUUGCAAUUCACGCGUCCCAAUAUAAGGCGAUAAGAAUGACUUAUCGGGUAUAUUGGGACAGCUUCAGAUUAUUGACAGCUAAUUACUGACUGUAGAAGGUAGUAAUUUAUAUCUAUCUGUAGAUAGUAUAUUGGGAACGGCCGUAAGUUUAAACCGCUAAUGAUUAUAUUAUUAUGUCCAGCGUGUUUCAUAGAUAAUAGAAAUAAACUGUGUUAUCUAGUUUUUUGUACAUACCAAAUGUUUUGUUUUUACAGUAUAACAAUUGUGGAUGAUUGUAAAAAAAAUAGUAAUAGUAAUAUUUCUCUAGGCAACAUGGUUUUAUAUAAAUCAUA